CACUCACUCACACUCUCUCCUUCAGUCUCAUGCACCGGUAUCAGUUACCUGAUGUCUGUGCACAGCAACUGUUUAGUCACGCUCAAUUUGAACCAAGAAGUUGAUUAUGAGUUUAGGAAUUGUGCAAUAGGUAGCCGGCAUCUGCAUAUAAGGCGUGAUAUGCUUCAGCAGGCCGCAUCAUCAGCUGUCAUGCCACAAGUAUGUGAUAGUUGAUAUGAAGUAAACCUGUUGCAAUGUGAGCUUGGCUGCAUGGUUUGAAUCCGAAGCGGGAGAAAAUCCUCCUCCUGUUUGAUCUGUUUGAUCUGCUUGAUUAAGUUACUCCUGGACCACAGAGUAGAUUACGUGUCUCAUCUCUUCAACAAAGAAUCCUUGAUUAAUUAGCGCAGGUAGAGAAGCUUUGAGUUGGUCAGUGAAGUGACAGAUGUACCCGUGAGUGGACAUAGAAGCGAGUCAGCUCUGAGGCCGGAGGCUUCAUCGUCCGUUAGUCUCGAACCACUUUGGAAGAAGGAAUGUCUCUGUGUCAGUGUUUUUAAGUGUAAAGAUAAUAGAUUCCUGUUUGAACUAGAGAGGAAGUUGUCGGCCAUUAGGCGUGCAGGGCGUGUCACCACAGAGGAACGAGGGAGGGGACAGGUGUGAAUUAUGUGUUGAUGCUCAGGGAGACGUCACUCCCUCCUGCAUUCCAGCUCCAGCUCAGAAACACAGCACUCAGCCCUGAGCCCCAGCAGACUCAACAUCCCUCCCUGCCACCGCACACAGAGACUGGAGCCGGGGACACAUUUUUGCAUCACACUCACUUGGUGUCGAGAAAAGACUGGAUGAAGCUCUAGGUUCGCCGGACCGUAAUUUCUGGAUUUCCUUUAGCACGGUGGAUAUGGGAGGCAGAGAGGAGGUAGUGGUGACCAGACUCAGGUCCAGCAUGCCGUUUCCACACACCAGGCUCAGCCGUUUCAGGCUUCGUCCUGCCCAGAGCCCGCUGGGGAGCAAGCGCGUGAAGCCGUCGUCCUCCAAGAAAAAAGCCAGAGACCCCAGCCCCACCGAGAUGAGUGUGGAGCCCUGGGCCAGCCCGCAGGACCAGGCAGCCGCUGAGCACCCACACAGCACGCUACCCGCCCAGGACCAGGAGCAGCACCCCGACAAACUCUGCCUGGACUCCUUCUGGAGCGAGGUGGAGACCAUCCGACAGGGGAGUGGCUACACGGACCUGGACUGCAGCAGGAGAGACUCCCGACAGUCAGAAGAAGGUGAGCAGGAGGAGCAGUGGUUGGCUGACGCUGGUUUGUCCGACCUCAUCGGCGAGGACAGCGGAGAUGUGGACAAUGUGAUGUUGCUGUCCACUCUGACCCGCACGCAGGCCGAGGCCGUCCAGCGCCGACUGGACUCCUACACGCUCUCCCUCCGCAAGAGGAACAAAUCAACGCCCCGCGACGUUCGCGACAUCUUCAACUCUCAGACUCUUCUGCCUGACUCUCAGCACGGUGAAGACCCGGCCCAGGACAGCAUGGCUUCUGUUGCCAAGACACCACUUUCAGCUCUGACACCAGAGCACCGGCGAGGUGUCCCUAAAGAGGAGUUCUUCAUCACCGACGUGGCUUACUGCGAACAGGCCGUCAUCUUCCUCAAACAGGCCAAACUGCCGCACAACAACAGCCAACGCAGGAGGGAGGACGGGACCCUGCCUCGGGUGAUCUGCCCCAAGUGCCGCCUCGGAGUGACUCGGAUCCAGGAUCUCUCCCACACCGACAUGAAGAAGGUGCGUCAGCUGGCGCUCAUCGACAUGACGGCGCUGUGCGACCUCCUGGAGCUCGAGGUCAAAAGGCACAAGUCGGGCAAGAGGAAAAUCCCAGAGAGCUCUCUCUUCGGGGUGCAGUUGGCCACGCUGCUGGACAGCGAUCAGAGAGUGAAGCCCAACACCUCGACGCCUCUCUUCCUGCAGGCGAUGUUGUCGUUUCUAGAGAAGAAAGGAGUCGACUCGGAGGGGAUCCUGCGGGUUCCAGGGUCUCAGUCCAGAAUCAAGCUGCUGCAGCAGAACUUGGAGGCCAACUUCUACUCGGGUCAGGUGAGCUGGGACGAGGUGAGUCCGAACGACGCCGCCGCGCUCCUGAAGAAGUUCAUCCGGGAGCUGCCGGCCCCUCUGCUCACCGCCGAGUACCUCAACACCUUCAGCGGCGUCAGAGACAUCACAGAGCUGAAGCAGAAACUCCACAUGUUGAACUUGCUCAUCCUGCUGCUGCCUGAGCCCAACAGGAACACACUGAAGGCUCUCCUUGAGUUCCUCAGUAAGGUGGUUUCCAGGGAGAAGAGGAACAGGAUGAACCUUUGGGCCGUGGCGACCAUCAUGGCUCCCAACCUCUUCCUCCAUAAGGCCCUCCCCAGCCGACUGACGGAGGGGGCAGAGAAGGGACAUGCGGAGAAAGCAGCUGAUGUCAUGAGGCUGCUCAUCCGCUACCAGGACCUGCUCUGGACGAUCCCCAACUUCCUCAUGAGCCAGGUGCGUAAGGUGAACGAGAACAGUAACCGGCGUUACCAGUUCUACGACCGUCGCAUCAAGAACCUGCUGAGGAAGAUCCACACAGACAGCCGGGAGAAACCGGACAAAAACACCUCAGAGCAGAGCCGUACGGUGAAGAUCCAGGUCGGGGAUCUGGUGAGCGGCACCAUGGAGUUUCAGCUCAACAUCAACUCACGCACCUCCGACCUGCUCGCCCAGUUUCAGCGCCAGUUUCACCGUCAGUUCGUCCGCAGCCCCGAAAAUGGAAAAGGCAAAAUGCGAAGAAACGGCUCGGUGGCGUAUCCGGACUGCGCCGUGUACGAAGUGGGCGGGAACAUCGGUGAGCACUGUCUGGACACCGACACACACCUUCAGGAUCUGUACAACCAUAACCCAGGAGGGGAGUGGGUCAUCAAGCUGAGACCCAGCGCCGGCCGAGGGCUGUGACACAGAGGCCGUGGACAGACUGAAGGAUUCUGGGAACAGGUCUCUGAAGAUGACAAUAGCAAAGCGUGAGAAAAGAUCAACUCCACGCCGCCUCCUGUUCAACCUCUGAGCAACACAGCAGAGAGAGAGAGACAGACAGAUUGAGGGAGAGAAAACUGAAAAAGGGAGACUCUGCCGGGAGCAGAGCCUAAAAGCAGUCUAUGAUCAGAUGGACACACACACACUCUGCGCACUAUCUUCCCCUCCAUCUUCCUCUGCCUCCUCUCCAUCAUUUCUCUCCGGGGCCGCGGUGCCGAGAGGGAAAGAGCUGCUGACGUGACUCAUUACUUCCGACAGAGAACCUGCUGCACAGAAAAGCGAGGGGAGAGCGGCCGGGCAGUUUGGUUCACCAUCUUUCCUCCCGAACCAUCGUGUUCAACCAUUAGAGAGCAGAUGGGGCUGCAGAGCACCUCUGGCUACGGGGAGCCGAGUCCCUCCCCUUCUCUCAGGCCAGUCACACUGCAUGGUUUUCAUUCGGGAGCCUUUAAACAAAAAAGGAAACAUGUUUCCUUUGUUUUCUGUCCAUUUUCUACGAUAAAUCCAAUUGCUGCACUUUUUGUUGUUUUAUAGGAGAGAAAACCACAUUAUUUAAAGUGUGACGUCUGUGUUGAUUUUAAAGCAGAGGCUGACAACACAAGAUCAGAACACACACCCAGAGAGAGAGAGAGAGAGAGAGAGCUGAGAUCUUUAUUCAGACGUCUAGAGAAAAGGCCUUUGUGUCAUUUUCACUUUAGAUAUACGACAACACACAAGUCUUUAAUGGUAUCAGCUGUUAUCUAAGCAUUUCCCCCCCACACAUGUUCUUAUUAUACAGAGUUGAUUAGAAACUCGCUCACACAAACACAUGACGUUCUCUAAAAUCCACCAAACCAGGCCCCUCCAUUCAGAAGCCACAAACGUUGAAACCCCGGACCAAACUAUUUUUUAGAGUCCAUCAUUAACAAUUAUAGAGGAUGCAAAUACUAAAAGAGCUGUAGUGAGGUAAAGGUCAAAAAGAAAUCAUCCUCACACUUUAUUCCCCUUAAUUAUGGACAAAAAUCAUAUUAAUGCAUUUUGGUGUAACGUUAUUAUUUCCCCCUGGCCAUCCACACCCCCUCAGUUUGAGAACCACUGCCCUGUGUUGAUUACAAAAAUCAGUUGACCUGUUUAUAUGUGACAGAAAUCAGCCUAACUGACUGAAAACACACUGCCGAUGAACAGAUGCUCAUUUAGCUCAGAAUAUGGACAGAAAACCCUUUUUUUUUUCUAUUUAAGAGACAUUAAAAGUAAUAAUAAAAUGGCCACCGGAGAAGAUUCAUUGGAAAGCUCGAGGAACAGAAGCCAAACUGGAAAUGAUGCUGGGACGUCAGGUCUUUGUAAACACACAGUUACAGGCUGAUCAGUCGACUAACAUACCGCUUGAUCUGUAUUACUCUCUCUCUCUCUCUCUCUCCCUCCAUUCAAAGCGGGAGCGAUUCAGACCCCGGUGAACUGACCCCCCCCCCCCCCCCCCCCUUUAUCUGUGAAACCCCUGAAAUCUCCUGGGCCUUAUAAAAAUCCACGGACUUCCAAGGACCCUUGACCUGCACAGAUCUGAGCUCAAAGAGACAAUCUUUCUUUUAUCCCUCUUUUGAUACCAGGGGGAUGUGGUGUCACAACCUCAAGGACAGCGAUUGCACGUCUUUAAAAAAAAAAAAGAAAAAGAAAAGGGAGUUGUUAAGGACUCGCCGUGAAGCUGGUCUUCAGUUAAACUCAUGAACGGAGCCCAAAGUGCUGAAGUGACUCCUGGGGGGGACUGGGAUUGUUGUUAUUGUUAUUUAUAUGAAUGUAAAACCGUUGUUGCUUCCGUAUCUGAUGAGUAUUCUGUAGACUAGACCGAUGUUAGGAUUAACGCUGCACUCAGUGUUGUGUUAAGUCGCCCAUACCCAGUGUGGGAAUUUGCAGUGUUGUUGUACAUAUUUUUUUUUACGGACCUCUUUAUAUCUGUUUCUCCUGAACAGACCAGGGAGAUGAAUUUCUUUGUGUAAAUAUUUCUCGGUCCUGCUGGAAUCUGUGCAACCGGACAGUUUGAUGUGAUCGCGUAGCUUCCUGAAGCCAUUAAGUUAUUCCACAUACACACACAGACACACAAAGCAGCAAAUGAAUGUGUUUAACAUUUUGUACCCGACGUCACACGCCAAUCGUUCGCUCCCCGCAAACCGGAGCCAUGUUGUCGCCGCGCGGCCAUUUUGUGGAAGCGUCUCGCACACUGCACUCGAUAGACAGAGUAAUGACAGCCGGCCCCGGCACCGACAUCCAUCAACACCCCUCCGCUCCAUCUCUGUCACCGCCCUAAUAAUGGACCAUAAUGGCAGCACAGCGCCUGCAUCGGAAAGACGGCAGAGGAAUCACAUUUCUCUGAGAAAGGAGGAGGUUAAUAAAUGGCUGUUAUAAAUUCUGAUGGCCUGGGCUCGGCGACAGCAGCAGGAGCGUGUGCGUAUGUGUUGUGUGUGUGUGUGUGUGUUUAUGUGCAUACAUGUGUGUGUGUGACGAGCUUCAUUACACAAGUCCAAUUGGCCCAUCCCAGGGUCCCGGGCACAGUUCAGUGCCUCGGCACAAAGCGAGCUGAUGAAACUGCCUUCUGCUGACAAUCAGGAGAACUAGGUCACCUCUGAAGCAGCUUCCCAGAGGGCGAGCGGAGUGUGAGGCCACACACCCCCGAGCAGCGCAGCACAUGGACGCAUGUUGUCCAAACACACAUGACACACACACGUACACACCAAAAUAAGGGGGGCAAAAGUUCACACACACAACACCGGUUUCCUGUUGACUCUGUCUGUGUUUGUAAAUAUGUGAGUGUUUGUGUUUGUGUGAGAGAGAAGGAGAAGUUUUGCUGUAGAUCUCUGGAACUGUUAAAGAUCACUCAACACUAAACGAUGGACAGUGCUGUGGACACUAAUCAUCAAAAUGUGUCUGUGCUUUUACUGUGGUCGAAGAUUUUAGUCUUCAGACAUCAGAAUGUAUAUUUAUGCCCUUUACACCUGUCAUUGUUUUUUAAUAUGUGAAAACACUUUGCUGUAGCAAGAAAAACAACUUUUGAAAAACGUUCCUUUUCUAUGUGAAUAAAUGUGAAUCUAA